AUGAAGCUGAAGCUACCAAAUCCAGGACUGGAUGACCGAAUCCCCUCUCACUUGGAACUGGAGCAGAUGGAGAAGAAUGAAGCUGGAGACAGGCCUAAAUGGGACAACAAAGCCCAGUAUCUGCUCACCUGUGUGGGUUUCUGUGUGGGACUGGGCAAUGUCUGGAGGUUCCCUUACCUGUGUCAAAGCCAUGGAGGAGGAGCGUUUAUGAUCCCAUUCCUUAUCCUGCUGGUCCUGGAGGGAAUCCCACUGCUGCACCUGGAGUUUGCCGCUGGGCAGCGCCUGAGGAAAGGCAGUGUGGGAGUGUGGAGAUCAAUCAAUCCUUACCUGACUGGGAUUGGAAUUGCAUCCAUGUUUGUCUCACUUUUGGUGGGUAUGUAUUACAACACCAUCAUGGCCUGGAUUAUGUGGUAUCUCUUCAACUCCUUUCAGGACCCUCUUCCUUGGAGCCAUUGUCCUCUCAAUACUAACAAGACAGGGUUGGUAGAGGAAUGUGCUCGGAGCAGCACUGUCGACUACUUUUGGUACAGAGAGACUCUGAACACUUCAACAGCUAUCGAUGAGUCUGGAGGCCUGCAGUGGUGGAUCGUGCUAGCCCUGCUGGCUGCCUGGACUCUGCUUUAUGUUUGCUGCAUCCGAGGGAUUGAGACCACUGGAAAGGCUGUGUACAUCACCUCCACUCUGCCAUAUCUGGUCCUCACCAUCUUCCUUAUCAGAGGACUGACUCUCAAAGGCUCUGUAGAGGGAAUCAAGUUCCUGUUCACACCAAAGGUAAAUGAGUUAAUGAAUCCAGCGACCUGGUUGGAUGCCGGUGCUCAGGUUUUUUAUUCCUUCUCCUUGGCAUUUGGAGGUCUCAUCUCUUUCUCUAGUUACAACUCUAUUCACAACAAUUGUGAACAAGAUGCUGUGCUCAUCUCCAUCAUCAAUGGCUGCACCUCAGUGUACUCUGCAACAGUUAUCUACUCUAUCAUUGGCUUCAGGGCCACACAAAACUAUGAUGACUGCAUGGGAGACAACAUUUUGAAGUUGAUGAACACCUUCAACUAUCCCGAAAACAGCAUUACUGACAUUAACUACAGUGAGGUUCUGAAUCACCUCAACCAGACAAAACCAGAUAUCAUCCAAGGAUUGCAACUGCAGCCCUGUGACAUGGAGUUUUUUCUCAGUCAGGGCGUGGAGGGAACAGGCUUGGCUUUCAUUGUGUUCACAGAGGCCAUCAUUAGGAUGCCUAUUUCUCCCCUCUGGGCUGUCCUCUUCUUCAUCAUGCUCUUCUGUCUUGGCCUCUCGACUAUGUUCGGGAACAUCGAGGGAGUGGUGGUUCCUUUGCAGGACCUCAAAGUCUUGCCCCAUACCUGGCCCAAAGAAAUUUUCUGCGGUCUGACUUGUUUAAUUUCUUUUGCUUUUGGGCUCAUAUUUGCUCUGCGCUCUGGAAAUUACUGGCUAGCUCUUUUUGACAACUUUGCCGGCUCUAUCCCACUUCUGGUCAUCGGAUUCUGUGAAAUGAUCUCUAUUAUCUACAUCUAUGGUGUAGAUAGGUUUAACAAGGACAUUGAGUUUAUGAUCGGCCACAAACCCAAUAUUUUCUGGCAGGUGACAUGGAGAGUGGUUAGCCCACUCAUUAUGAUCUUCAUUUUGGUGUUUUAUUUUGUUACCCAAGUCUCAAAGAGUCUCACCUAUUUGGUUUGGGACCAGGACUCGGCAAGCUUCCCCGCCCUUGAACCACGUCCAUAUCCUUCCUGGAUCUAUGUUAUUAUCUUCAUCUUGGCUGGAGUUCCCACUUUAGCCAUCCCAGUUGCUGCCCUCUUCAAAUUCAUCCAAAAGAAAUGCUGCAAGCAAAAGGACUGCAAAAAUGAACCACUGGACACAAUCUCUGCCAAAAUACAAAUGAGUGACAAAUGAAAUUUUAGGUAGUUUUUUUUAUUUUUUUAUUUAAUAAAACAAUGAGUGAAUGUGGACCUGUUUUAUUGCUGUCAGUAUGCUUAUUGCUUUUGACUUCUUCAUGCCCCGUACCGAAAUAAAAGAGCACACUAGUGCCUACUGACUUUUAUCUGUAAAAAUACAAGUAAAGUAUUUUUUUCUGUAAAGGAUUUGUUUUGCAGAAGAGGGUCACUGCUCAAGUAUUGAGUAAUGCUUUUUGUCCUAUAGUAAGAUUAGCUUUCUGCUGUGUCACAGAUGGAAAAUUUGGGAUUCGUGUUCAUUUGCUACUGUAUCUUGUCAAAAAUUAUUUGAGUCUGUGCAUUAAAUAUGAAGCAACAAUCAGCAGCCAGUUAGCUUAGCAUCACACUGGAAACAAAGCAAAACAGCUAAACCGGCUGACAAUAAUAGCUGACAACCAUGCUUAUAACUGUAGUGGUUAAACAAACAAGCUACAGUUAAUAUGCAAUAUGUAAUAGAAUAUAGUAAGAGUGUGUAGAUUACAUAUAGUUAGUAUAUGCAGUCAUCAAUAACUAAUUUCUGUAAGCCCUCUGUACUAUGUCUGCUCACAAAAUAGUUUGUGUGUGCUGAAGCAAAAACAUUUUGGGUUCAUGGCCUGUUUAACCCACUGGGUCAUCCUGAUCUGGAGAUGACCUGUUAACUAGGUUUGGGAAUUGGCCAGGAGAGCCAGAAUGGAGCAGUGUACAAAAGGAGGCAGUAUGCUGCUAGAGUAGAGUAGAGUAGUGUAUGUGCGUGCAGAAGGACGUUUGAGUGAGACCCCGGCCGGGGGGACAUGACGGACUUGACUGUGCUUAUGACCUAAAAGAGACUGACUGACUCUGUGACAAUCUUCUUGUCUAAUACUGCAUUUAUUUCCUGCAGGAAUGGUCACUUUGUCCCCUAUCUCUUAGCCUGUUGAAUUGUCUGCCAAACUAUUGAACUGCCUUGAAUUAUUGUAAUAUUAAAUUA